CUUUUUCAGCUGCGUCCUGUGUGGUCCCGCAAUGCAGUGAAAGCCAACAUCAGCGUUCACCCUGACAAACUGAAACUGUUACUACCUUAUUUGGCUUAUUACAUGCUCACGGGACCCUGGAGAAGCCUGUGGGUUCGUUUUGGUUACGAUCCUAGGAAGAACCCCGAAGCAAAGAUCUACCAGGUUCUGGAUUUUAGGAUUCGCUGCGGCAUGAAAUACGGGUACACCCCCAAUGACAUGCCGGUGAAGGCCAAGCGCAGCACUUACAACUACAGCCUGCCUAUUACGUUAAAGAAACCAGGAAACCAAGGCCUCGGUCUCCAAGACUUAAAACAGAGGCUCAGCACAUCUGGAACAUCCCCAGUUAUGAGCAAAUACAAACUUAAGGAUUCCAUUUAUAUCUUUGAGGAAGGUUCUCUGCCCCCUUAUCGACAGAUGUUCUACCAGCUGUGCGAUUUGAAAGUGGAAAGCUUGCAGAAGAUCAUCCAUCGAAAUGACAACGUGGAGGCGGCUUGUACGGAGCGGGAUGGCUGGUGUCUUCCAAAGACCAACGAUGACUUGAGGGACACCAUGUCAGUGAUGAUAAGGCAGAUAAUCCGAUCCCAAAGACCAG